AUGGCGACUGAACGCUCACUUGCCCGUUUGCUACGGUCGCUGCAGUCAUUUACUAGCUUUGAAGAUGCGGCUGGACUUCUCCCAACCGCGACCAGCUUCUUAUCCAUUCUAGGGAAUCCGCUGAACCUGACCCUACUUGCUUCGCAACUUCUUUCCGCCCCUGCCCUCUGGAAUCACCCCACCGAUCUACAUGCUUGUCGCAAGAUCCUAAGCAUUUUCAACACAGCUGCCAUUGCAAUCCUACAGAAUGACACAACAGACGAGCCUCGUAUGCCACAUGACAGGAAACCAAAUAUUGAUCGCGAAGCAUGGGUGAAGGCCGUGGUUCAAGGCGCGGAUGACAAGUCCCCGCGUUGGAGACAUAUGCUUCUCCUCAGCGGUGUAUUGCUAGGGUUUGAAGGACAGAAUCGACAGGGCCUCCCGCGGCAUAUUCGAACCAAGCUGGAGGGUGCGCUUGCGACUGCGGCUCAAUUGGCGCUAGAGGAAGUAGGAGCCGAUGCAGGCCCAGAUGGACAUUGCAUUGCCAUGGUGCUAAACUACACAUUUGAACUCUUGUCGGACUAUGAACGGUCCAAAAUCAAUUACGAUAUCCUAUUGCCUGUGCUGGUACGGUCAGCCUUUCUCUCUGCAGAGGGACUUGAAGGUGGAUUCUUUCUGGGGGCGAUUGAUGAAGAUGUGAUCGAAGCGCCUGGGAAGAAGUUCCGGUGGAAAGUCGACUCCGCAACCUUUGGAUAUUUCUCUACUAUUUCCAAUCGCCCUCUGGUAUCAGCAUUGGGCCCUUUGUCCAGACUUAUAUCGCACUCUAUCGAAAAUGCGCAGAAUCCUCGACUAGUUUCCCAAUCAGUCGACUACAUAGCUGACUUUGUUCGGACAUUGAUGGUGCAAUGGCGACAAAAUAAGCUGUCUGAGAUCGACUUGGCAGAGGAGAAAGACUUCCUUGAUGCAGAAUCAUUAAACACAACAAUUCCUGCGCUCUGGAAGGUCCUUCGCAACUGUUUAUACUCUGUGGUGAUCGUCCUCCGCGCCGUUCUUGGUAGAACAAUCAAUGACCCCGCUCUUGCAGCUCAUGGUAGUGCCCCCUACCUUUCGAUGCAAUCACUUCAUAUCCUCCGCAACCUCUAUUUCAUUUCCUCCCGCACAGGGCAGAAUGGAUCAUCGCAACAAAGUUUCGUCUUCUUAGCUGCCGUCGAUAUCCUUUCCCAGUAUCCCGAUCUGGCUGAGAACUUCUUACGAAGUAUCAAGCCCAGUGAUAUUGGCCAGAUUCCAGACCAUCCAGUUGAAAGAUGUCUGGAUCUUUUCUUUUUGAAUGCUGCUGAGCAUUUUCCUCUUGUUUUAUCACCAGAGGUCAACGAAGAAUUACUUUUAUCUGCCGCCUUCCCCUAUUUAGCAGCCGGUGCAAAUAGUCUUCUAUUGGAGAUUUUCGAGGCUGCUCACAGUGUGGUGCUAGUUGUGUUUGCAAUUCCCCACAAUUCGGAGCUCGCUGCGAGACAUCUCCCUUUCUACAUUGAUAAUUUAUUUGCCGUGUUUCCCGAAAAUCUGUCUGCUAGACAGUUCCGUCUAGCGUUCAAAACAGUCAUCGAAGUCACAGCGCCUCCCUCACCACUAGCCAACAGCCAACCAAUGCUUCCUUCUAUCCUCCUUGAAGUGGUACGCGAUCGCGCACUGGAGGCAUCUUCAGCGCCUAUCGCCCCAACCGCUGGAAAUAGCUCAUCGGCUGAUACAGGCAAUGAACUCCCCCUGUCUGCGCAAGCUGUGCUCACCCUCGCAUUGGUCGAUUCAUUGUCAUUCCUUCGAGUUCAUGAUCUAGAAGAUUGGCUUCCUCUUACAGCACAGACGAUCAAUGCCAUUGCCGACCCAGCUAUGCGUCAUGCUUGUAUUGAUCGCUUCUGGGAGGCCCUGAGUAGUGGUGAGAUGGAUGUCGACCGAGCUCACUGCUGCGUCAACUGGUGGAGUACUCGGGGUGGCCGGGAAUUGCUUCUUUUUGGAGCCGAGUCAACGCCCAUCACCGGCACAGAAGCGGAGGAAAGUGGACCAUUUAUGAGUGGUGCUGUUGGUGGGGUAGCACCGGAGAGUAAGCUGUGA